AAGAAACAAAAGUCGAAAAGUGUUUGAACAAAUAUGAUUUGAGACUGGGACUCACGGCCCAACCCCAUUAAGAUUAAGAAGAACUUUCAAUGAUGAACAACAUCAAAUCAAACGAUUAUUAAAUUACCAUUUUUGCUCUUUCUUUAUUGUUUCCGUAAUUAGAUAAUCUUUUCACAGGCUCCAAACUCCACCAUAAAUGGAAGAGGGUUCCAGCAGCAAAUUCAAGAAGAUUUGUGUGUUUUGUGGAAGUAACCCUGGUCAUCGAGAAGUCUUCAGUGUUGCUGCUACUGAAUUGGGAGAUGAAUUGGUUAAUAGGAAGAUAAACUUGGUGUAUGGUGGUGGAAGUGUUGGUUUAAUGGGGAUGAUAUCUCAGAGAGUUUUCGAUGGCGGUUGUCGUGUUCUUGGGGUUAUUCCCAAAGCUCUUGUACCACUUGAGAUCUCUGGUGAAACUGUUGGAGAUGUACGAAUUGUCUCAGAUAUGCACGAAAGGAAAGCCGAAAUGGCUCGAGAAUCUGAUGCCUUUAUUGCACUCCCUGGAGGUUAUGGAACCAUGGAGGAAGUUUUAGAGAUGAUCACAUGGUCGCAGCUCGGAAUUCAUAAAAAACCCGUCGGUCUCUUAAAUGUUGACGGAUAUUACAACAGUCUGCUUGCAUUAUUUGAUAACGGAGUCAAAGAAGGUUUCAUCAAGCCAAGUGCUAGAGCCAUUGUUUUAUCAGCCACAAAUGCAAUAGAUUUGUUGACAAUAAUGGAGCAAUACAAGCCUGAGCAUGAACAUGUCGCGCCUCAUGAGAGUUGGCAGAUGGAGCAACUCGGGAAUUAUCCGAACAAAGGAACAUAAUUCAAAUUGGUUUCAUUCAUCUUAUGGUUUCUUGAAUUUGAAAGAUUGACUUUGUGUGUUUGAUUUAUAUGUACUCAUUUUCAUCUAGUGUGGGUUUGAAUGUGCUAGAAAUGAUCAUAACUGUUGCCCGGGCCUUCGUCUAGUGUCGCUAUGAUGAUGCGAUAUAUACACGACAGGCCUUGAAGAUUCAAGUUUGAUUUGAAAGCUUGGAAAUAUUCGUUACAGGUUAUACUUUAGUUAAGUAAGAUCAAUAUGUUUGACUUUGAUA